AAGUCUAAGCUCAAAAUUUUCGACACAACGCCAUGGCUAGCGAGGGAAAUGUUGACGAGCAACUACCCACUGAGCUGGGUAGGUUGGCGUCUCUAAUAGACGACAAGCCCGAGGCCUUUGGAUCCGGUGACAAGGAAAUACAGGAUGCUGCCUUAGUCGCAGCAAAAUAUAUUUUCGACUUGACCCUCAAGUCUGAAUCUCGAGCUCAGCCUCACCUAAGGGACUUGCUACAGUCACUUAAACCGAUGCAGGCACCUCAGACCCGCGCUCAGGCUCGGGCCAUAAAACAGGGGAAAGCAAAAGAGCCUUCGUUGAGUGAAGCAAUUCUCAAUGAAACACCUCUUUCUGCUCUUUUUGUUGACGGUAUGGACGAAGAGCAGGUCUGGGCCCAGUUGGAGCUAAAGGCGAAGAAUGUGUGCGAAACAUUAGAGGACGCUUUUGAUGCUGGAGACAUGGAUGCUCGAGGCAUGCAAGCAUCAAGCGACGAAGAUGAAGAUGACGACGAUGACGACGAUGACGACGAUGACGACGAUGACGACGAUGACGACGAUGACGACGAUGACGACGAUGACGACGAUGAGCUUGACUCGGACGAUAUGGAGCAGCUUGAGAAAAUGGGGAUUACUUUCGCAAGUGGUCAGGAAAUGGAAGACAGCGAAGAGAGUAAUAGUGACGAAGAGGAAGAGGACGAAAGCAGCUCAGCUGAGGAGGAAGAGCUCGAGGAAACGGUAGAGGAGCUCAGAGACCCUUCUUCUGAGGAAGAAUUAGACGAGGAGGACAGCUCACUAGAUCUCGAUGAGGCACCAAAUGCUGCACGACCGAAACGCAAGAGAAACGGAAGCCGACACGCGGAACUUGAUGAUGGCUUCUUUAGCCUGGCUGAUUUCAACGCCGAGAUAGAAGAGGCAGAGGCUAAAAGUGUCUCUCGCGGUUCUCUCAGCAAGGACCUCAACGAUGAUGACUCUGAAAAUGAUGAUAAUGUGGAUCUCUUCGCACCAGUGGGUGACGAUACACAACUGGAAGAUGCGUUCAACGCGAGCGAAGAGGCUUUCUACAAAGACUUUUUUGAUCGUCCUUCGAUGUCAUCCCGUCCGUUAAAGCGAAAGGCUCCUGGUUCAUCUCCUGCAUCAGGACAAAGCUCCAAAGUGCACUUCAAGGAGCAGGUAGAGGUUAAGAGGAUAAAAGCCAAGGGCAAGGGUCGACCUCUAUCCAGUGUUGACCUCUUGACUGAAGAGGAUCUGGGUGACCAUGAUGACGUUAGUGACGGUAGUUCGAUCGACGAUUUCGAAGUUGACGGCGACGGUAUUGUCGAAGAUGAAAUGGGUGUACUAGAAUCUGCUUCGGAGAGUGAGACUGGGGACUCAGACCAGGGCAGAGAGGCCGUUGAACGGCUCAAGGAUGACCUUUUCGCGGAUGACGAUGAUGACACCUUCAAGUCAGGAACAUCGACUCACGAAGCGAGAAUGGAUGCGAUCCGUAAACAGAUAGCUGAAUUAGAGGCAGAGAACAUUGCCGAGAAGGAUUGGGUGCUGAAGGGAGAGGUAUCUUCCAGGGCACGACCGCAAAAUGCUCUACUAGAAGAAGACCUCGAGUUUGAGCAUGUCAUGAAGGCCGUCCCUGUGGUCACAGAUGAGGUUGUACAGGAUUUGGAGGAAAGGAUAAAAGUACGGAUCAUCGAAGAUCGUUUUGAUGAUGUAGUCAGAAAACGUCCCCUGGACGAUAAGCCAUUUCUUCCUUCUCGAGUAUUUGAGCUCCAAGAUACAAAGUCGAAGGAGUCCCUCGCUCAAAUCUACGAAAACGAGUACGUUGCUUCUCAAGCUGGUGGAACCACCGAUGACCGAGAUGGGAAGUUGCGAAAGGAACACGAGGAGAUUGAGAAACAAUGGGAGGGGAUCUGCUAUAAACUCGAUGCACUAUGCAAUGCGAACUUCAUACCGAAACAGCCCAAGGCUACUAUUUCUACAGUAUCUAACGUUUCUGCGGUGUCAAUGGAGUCUGCACUCCCAACCUCCAAAUCUGCUGCAACGGUCCUUGCGCCGGAGGAAGUCUUCACUCCAGUCGCAUCGGGUCUUCGCUCCAGAAGUGAACUCACUCCGGCGGAGAAGCAGGCUUUGCGAGCCAAGGAACGGAAAAAGAGGAAGAAGCAGCGGGAGACACUGGAGAAGAGUGUGGAUAAGUUUGCGAAGAUGAAAGGUGCAAAGGGCGUCAAAAGGCAGAAAGAGGAGGCACUGAAGAGCAUCGUAAAGAGUGGAAAGGGCGUGACUGUUAUUGGGAAGAAAAGCCAGACCUUGAAGAAGGGAAAGCAACGAACUUAA